GUUAAACAAAUAAUUUAGCUGGCGUCAGUUGACUCCUCUGGAAAAAGGAUGGACGAUGCUGAUCGUUUCACACUAUAUUUGAAGCUUGAAGCAUAAGUGGAAAAGCAUUCUCAUUCUUUAAUCAAUAGCUUUUUCGGUCUCUGAGCAUCGAGUCCAGGAACAAUUAACGAGACUCAUGGCUGAAUAUGUUGUAACCUUUUUUUUGGAGAAAAUUGCCAGCUAUCUGAUAGAGGAAGCUAAUUCAUUGUCUGACAUACAUGAUGAGGUUGCUUCGAUAGAGGGAGAAUUAAGGCGAAUGCAAUGCUUCCUUAAAGAUGCAGAUUCAAAACAGGAUGCAAAUGAAAGAGUCAGAAAUUGGGUGGCAGACAUAAGAGAUGUUGCAUACGAUUCUGAGGAUGUUGUUGAGUAUUACAUCUUUAGAUUGGCCCAACUUAGGAGAAAAGGAUUCUUGCCAUUUUUCGCAAGGUACGUUUUCUGCCAUGAGUUGAUUUUGCGUCGUAAGGUUAGGGAACAGGUCAAAGGGAUUAGGAUUAGGCUUCAAGAUACAACUAACAGUAGAUCAACUUAUGGGAUUGAAAAUAUUGUUGAAGCGAGUCAAAGAGCAGGUUUUGCAGCUGGCAGUCUCCAAGAGAAGAGACGAUCCUCUCCUUAUGAUUGUGAAGAGGAUGUCAUCGGUCUUGCUGAAGACAUAAAAGCGGUUGAGGCACAACUGAUUUAUGGAGAGUCCCGGCUAUCUGUAAUUUCAAUUAUUGGCAUGGCUGGCAUAGGUAAGACCACUCUUACCAAGAAAGUUUACCUAAGUUCUGAUAUUAAGAUGCAUUUCGAUUGUUGUGCUUGGGUUUUUGUUUCUCAAGAAUAUAGAGCAAAAGAUAUUUUGAAUGAAUUGGGGAAAAAUUUAUUGGGGCUGCGUAAAGCAGACUUAGAACACCGGAACAGUCAAGAUUUGCUCAAGACUCUCUCUGUUUUCUUAGAGGACAAGAGGUAUCUAAUAGUACUGGAUGACAUAUGGAAGACUGAAGUCAUGAAUGAUCUAAAAGAAGCCUUUCCUGAGAAGAACAAUGGCAGUAGAGUAUUGCUUACAACUCGCUUCAAGGAAGUUGCUCUCUAUGCUGACCCAAAGUGUCCUCCCCAUGAACUAAGUCUUCUGAAGGACGAAGACAGCUGGAAAUUAUUUUCGAGGAAGGUAUGUGUUAGAAUCGACUCAUUCGCAAGUUUACCUCCAUGGGCAGAAGAAUUGGGAAAACAGAUUGUCAAAACCUGUGGGGGUCUACCUCUUGCCAUAGUUGUAUUGGGCGGCCUCUUAUCCAGAAAGGAUGCUACCUUUAUAGAGUGGCAAAAGGUUUUGCAGAGUGUUCACUGGCAGUUAAGACAAGAUCCUGCACAAUGUACAGAAAUUUUAGCAUUAAGCUACAAUGACUUGCCUUAUUACUUGAAACCAUGUUUCCUAUACUUUAGUCUCUUCCCUGAGGAUUUUGAAAUCUCGGCAAGAAGAUUAAUAUUGUUGUGGGUUGCAGAAGGUUUUGUGCAGUCCAGAGGUCAGGAGCCACUUGAAGAUAUAGCAGAGGAUUACUUGGAAGAGCUGAUUGGAAGGAAUAUGAUACUAGCCGGAAAAAGAAAGUCUGAUGGUAGAAUUAGAACUUGUCGCAUGCACGAUCUUCUUAGAGAGUUUUCCAUAUCAAAGGCCAAGGAGGAUCAUUUUCUUGAAGUUAUCCAUGAAGAUUCAAGCAACAGUUUUCUUACGGGAGGACGUCGAGUUGGCAUUCAUUUUGGUGUCCUUCCCACUUCUAGGAGUAGGAAUGCUUCAAAACUCCGUACGUUGUUGUGCUUUGAUUUGAACAAAACAGAUAUUCGAAAUUUGAAAAGAUAUAGACUAUUGCAUGUUCUUGAUCUGGAAGGUGUUUACUUGCCUAAUCUGGAUUGUGCGGUUGGAGAUCUCAUUCAUUUGAGGUACUUGGGCUUGAGAGCAACUUGGUUAAGAAAGCUUCCGAUUUCAAUAAGAUACCUUCUCAAUUUGCAGACUCUUGACUUGAGAUCUACUUUAAUAGACCUUGUUCCAUUUGGUAUAUGGAAGUUUCGACAUUUGAGAAAUCUAUAUCUGAAUGAGCUGAAAGAGACGGUGAUCAGUCCGCCCAAGGGGCCAAUUCUGGCUAAUCUCCAGAUAUUGCGUGGGAUACACAUUGGCUCCAAAAGCUGUGUGGAUGGUGGCUUGGACAAGUUGACAUUCAUCAGGGAAUUGGAGCUGCGUGGAGCAUUACAUUUGCAAGAAGAGGCUAUCGCUAAAUGGAUUUCUUCAUGCAAAAACCUGGAAUGUUUGAAGCUUCAUGAUUUUCCUACAUUUAAAAAUUUUGACAGACCAUAUAUUUCUAUUCCCAAUAUGACAUUUUCAGGUCAUUGCCGUCUUUUUAAGCUGCAUAUUGGAGGAUUUAUCAAAAAGCUACCUGAUUUAGAAGAUUUCCCACCAUACCUAACUGAACUAUCAUUAGAAGGUUCCUUAUUGAUGGAAGACCCUAUGCUGAAGCUGGAGAAGCUUCCAAACUUGAGAGUUCUAAAGUUAAAACAAUCUUCAUUCGUGGGGAGAGAAUUAAUUUGUUCAAGAGGAGGCUUUACUCAACUUCACUUCUUAAAGCUUUCUUUCCUUGCUGUGGAGAAACUGAGGAUAGAGGAUGGGGCUUUAAGCAACCUCAGGCAGCUAGAGAUUAUUGACUGUAAACAAAUAAAGAUUGUUCCAAAUGGAUUGUAUCCUGUGACUACUCUCAGAGAUCUGAAAUUGGGAUAUAUAUCGCAUGGCUUUGAAUUGAAAGUUCAAGAUCGCAGAGGGGAGAACUGGUAUAGAAUUCAUCAAGUACCUCCAAUUUAAGGCUAGUAGAAAAUUGGACUGGAAAGUGUUGCUUCCUUCCUGCUUGCUGAAAUUUAUAAGAUGAUCGUGGCAGCUCUUCAAAUCCUGUUCGAUCUGAUUAAUCGAGGAGAUGGAGCUUGAUGUAUUGCAUGUCUUUGAUAGAUCUUGGAAUUUAUUAUUUCUUGUUAACGUGGAAAAAUAUUAUUAGUGCUUUGUUUUAUUUGGUUUUGUAGUAAAUUGUUAAUGAAUUUCGACAGCUUUCAUGAUUUUGGAAAUUGUACCACAAUUUUGGUAAAAAUCAUUCUUGAUGUGUCA